GACCCGAUGGCCGAUGGAUCAUGAUCCGAAGCCCAUGCCUGUUCAGGAUGAAGUUUCAGGAUGAGGUUCGAACUGAGAACCGGAAAGUUUUGGAAAUUUUGAAAUAGAGCCCCAACUUCUUCUCUCUUCUCUUGUCAGAGAUGAAGCAGCUUUAGUGAGAGACGUUGUACGGCAUAUCUCGGAACGUCUGGAACGGAUACCCUUGAAUGUUGACGAGGAUACAGUUGACAUGAAGUCCCAAGUGCAAAACGUGGAAUCAAUUUUGGACAUGAGGUCUGGGGAUGAAGUUCAAGAUAGAGGUCUCAUGGUUGGGUUAUGGGGGAUGGGAUGCCUGGGGAAAACAACGUUAGCCAAACUCAUUUACAACCGUAUUUUCACGAAAUUUCAAGAUGCCGCUUUUAUCGAAAUUGGGAGUGAUUCCAUUAAAAAUUUGCAAAUAACAAUGCUACGUGCAUUAACACAUGCAAAAUUAAGAGUGAUCAAUCGUCAUGGAGGAAUUGCUUCCAUGAAAGAAAGGCUUAAAUGCAAAAAAAUCCUCCUUAUUCUUGACGGCGCGGAAGAUAUACGCCAUAUAGAUGGUUUAAUUGGAAAGGGGAGCGAUUAUCUUAAGAAUGGAAGUAGGAUAAUCGUUACAACACGGAAUAAGAGAGUGCUCCGCACGCGCGGCGCAACUAUCUAUGAAGUUAAGGCUCUGGAAGAUCAUGCGGCUCGUCAACUUCUUCGCGCAUAUGCUUCUAAAAACGGAGAGGAAGGGAUAAGCAAAGAACUUGUGGAAAGGGCUCUGCAAUGCACUGGACGGGUUCCUUCAGCGCUGCGGGUGUUGGGUUCUGGAUUCUGUGGUCAGAAUAAGAAUAAGAAUGAUGGAGGUCGUGGCAUUGAACUGAAAAUAUUCGAAAGUUGGUCUGACCCAACCAUCCAUAAAGAGCUUGUAAAAAGCUUCGAUGGAUUGAAGGAUGCUACUAUGGAAGGCAUUUUUCUAGACAUUGCUUGCUUCUUCAACGGGUGGAAUAGGAAAUACGUUGAAGGUUUUCUUGGCAUUCGUCAUGUUAAACGGAGUGACGCCGACAGUUAUGAUGUCGUGGCUCAUAUAGCGAAUGACCAUGUAACUGCUCUCGUUGAAAGAUCCUUGAUAACGGAUGAUAAUGGAACCCUACAAGUGCAUCCCUUGAUUAAGUUGAUGGGUCAGAAAGUUGCAGACGGAGAGGUUCCUCUUAAUCUCAAGAAACGUAGCAGAUUAUGGUGCUGGGAUGACGUCGCCAAGGCACUAUCAGAUGACGAGGGGGAAUAUGACGUAGAAGCCAUAGUGUGUGCCCCAGAAGAGACAAAAGAGCUGAAAUAUAUUGAUUCUAGUGCUUUUAAAAGGUUGAAAAAGUUGAGCUUCCUCAUAAUGAUCAAUGUCCAGGUCAAGACUUUUCCAGAUUGCAUCGAUCUCCCUCGACAGCUAAGAUGGUUUGAAUGGCCGGAGUUUCCUGCCUCCCGGCUAAAAUUUUCCCCUACUCCAUGGAACCCGGCAGUUCUCGCCGUUCGCAAAAGCCUGUCAUCAAGAAACCAGGGGGAACCAUGAUUGAAGGGGCGGAUGGCUUUUGGCUGCAUUCCAAGGAAACUUGGGCUAGAACAGUGAACCCCAAUUCCUAACGCAAUGAAGACAAACCUCGUUCAACGGAGUCCUACUACUUGUCAUGAUUUUGUCUAAGGAGAAGAGAAGAUGAAGUUGAGAUUCUGUUGUUUCUUCUGCAAUUUCAGGCGCGCAUGCUGUUCAUGGAGCAAGGCUAGCCCUUUUAUGAGCGGUGACUUCGACAGCACAUGAGCGUUUGAAGUGAGUCCGAGAGAUUCUCCAGACAAAAGAGAAUAGUUUCCGUCCGGGCAAAGAGAGGGAGAUAAAAUCAGCUGUUGCGUUCACCUGAGCAUUUUGUAUGAGGUGAGAGACUGAGAGUGAAUGAUUUGUAACAGGUCGGUGAGGUCUUACAGUAUUCACGAAUGGGGCGUAGAGUAGUUGUACAAGACACUAUUUUACUCUAGUGUUAUACCAUAUUG